AUGGCUUCUUCUUCAGCCACUCUUUUCUUUGCACUUAUUUUCUUACCCUCUAUUGUCAGAGCUCAAGAGCGAUCUCCCCACGGAGUUGCUUACGAGAGCCCACUUGCAAUCUCGCCAGAAGCAUAUGCAUUUUUCCACCCUAAUACUCAACACCAGAAUAGCAACAAUAAUACUGCUAAUACUACUAGUUUAAGUUUAUGCGAUAGAUCAGAGUCAGAUUGCUCACCAUUUCCCACGGCUUCUUCUGUUCAGUCAGAUCUUGCUCAUGAAAGCACAGCAGCUCGAGAAGGAGGGAAGCACAGGGUUGGAGCUGGAGGAGCAGCAGGGAUACUGAUUGGAUUGGCAUUUGCUGUACUUUUGGCACUCGGUGUUUUCUUCAUGGUGAUUGCACGGAAGCGCAACUUGAACAAAGCAAAUGCUGCAAUAGCUCAGCCUGAAGUUUAA